CUUUAACAUCAGUGCGGUCUACCACUCGAAAAAUAAAUCAUCAUGGAGCACACACGGCAUCACAUGUUACUGUUGUCCAUCCUGUUGGUGAUUCAAGGUUUUGUUGGGCUGCAAGCUCAAGAGAAUGGUGAGGUCAAUGACACAUGGGCUGGGAAAACCUGCAAGUGCGAAUGCGAUUAUCCGUCGAGCAAGCUGCCUUCCAAAGGUUCAAGAACAAACUGGGCACAGGAGAUGGACUGCAUGCCAGAGUGCCCUUACCAUAAACCUCUAGGUUUUGAGGCUGGAUCUGUGACUUCAGAUCAGAUCAGCUGCUCAAAUGAAGACCAGUACGCAGGCUGGUUCUCCUCCUGGACCGCAAACAAGGCGAGGCUCAACAGCCAAGGAUUUGGGUGUGCCUGGCUGUCUCAGUUCCAGGAUAUAAACCAGUGGCUUCAAGUUGACCUGAAGGAAGUCAAAGUGGUUUCUGGUAUCCUGACCCAGGGCCGAUGUGACGCUGAUGAGUGGAUUACAAAGUACAGUGUGCAGUACCGCACCAAUGAGAAACUUAACUGGAUCUACUACAAGGACCAGACAGGAAACAACAGAGUCUUCUAUGGAAACUCUGACCGCUCAUCCACAGUCCAGAACCUUCUGCGCCCACCUAUCAUAACACGUUACAUCCGUAUAAUCCCGCUGGGCUGGCACACCCGCAUUGCCAUCCGCAUGGAGCUGUUGCUUUGCAUGAGUAAAUGCACCUGAUCCGGUGUAUUCCACCCAACUAUUUCCUGUGCCGCUCCUUUCUUACCACAACAUGCCAAAGUAAACAACACUGCCCAAUCACUGCCCAAUCACUGCGCUCACUCUUUUAAAAAAACAAGUGUUUUUGAGUUACAUUCAUUUUGGGUUCGAAAUGUUUCCUUUUCUUAAGAGAUAAAGACAUGUUUUUGCAUCUUUUUGUAUUCGGUUUAAGAACCAAAAAUAUAUACGUUUGCUGCUUUAGCAAAUAAAAUACAGAAGGGAGCGUCCACUGGAUGCCGAGGCCAGAGGAGACCACUCUGUUUAUGUUUAUAGAUGCAACAGAUGCUUGCAGAUCUCAGGAGAAAGGGGUAGAUCAUGUGGACGUGUACUGAAUGUUAUGUUUUUGUGUUGUGUGUUCUGAUGUGGUUCGUAAUGGUGACAUAGAGUGCUGUAUCCAUACUGUGGUGACCAGUUCCUUUUUGUAUGUAAUAUAACCCUACAUUGUUUAAUUGUGUUUGUGACUCACCCGAGAAAUGCCCUUGAAUAAAGGAAG